UUACUGUUUGGGUUAAAAACUGUACCUCUCAGUCUCACACUCACUAAGUAUAGUUUACCGGCAAGUAUAAUACGACAGCCGGACAGCGGAUCUCUCAUUCCACCCAUCUUUACAUCUUUCCCGCCACCAUGUUCCAUUCAAGAGCCAAAUCUCUGAACCAAACACAACCAACCCUUCUCCUCCAUUUUAUCAGCCUCACAAAACUUCAACUAUACCACACUCUCCGCCGACCAAACAAACCCAACACCAAAAAGCCUCGCCGUGAACAACGCCCCCACAGAGACGCCGCAAAGCUUCGCAAAAAGCCCAUACAUUUCGUCUCCGAUGUCAAACAAACUCACGACCCAGAAGACGCCUUGUCUCUCUUCCGGGAGUACGACGAAAUGGGCUUCAAACACGACUACCCUUCUUACUCUGCUCUCAUCUACAAGCUCGCUCGUAGUCGAAACUUCGAAGCCGUUGAGACCAUUCUAGGCCAUGUAAAAGACAGAAACAUUCAAUGUAAAGACACCCUGUUCAUUGCUCUGUUUCAACAUUAUGGGAAAGCCAAUUUGGUUGAGAAAGCCGUUGAGCUUUUUAAUCAAAUGGAUUCUUAUAACUGCGUCCGUACAUUGCAGUGUUUCAAUUCACUUCUCAAUGUGGUUGUUGACAGUGAUCGGUUUGCCGACGCCGAGGAGAUUUUCGGUCGGUGUAGGGAAAUGGGUUUUCGUCCGAAUUCGAUUUCGUAUAACAUAAUGGUCAAGGGGUGGCUGAGAAGAGGUGAAGUGGGUGAAGCAAGGAAGGUGUUCGAUGAAAUGCUUGAGAGGAAAGUGCAGCCGAGUGUCGUGACGUAUAACAGUCUGAUUGGGUUUUUUAGUCGAAAGGGCGAGGUGGAGGAAGCGACUGGUUUGCUUGAGGAUAUGAGGCAGAAAGGGAAAUACCCUAAUGCGGUAACAUAUGCAUUGUUGAUGGAAGGUUUGUGCAUCGUGGGAAAGUAUGAUGAAGCUAAGAAGAUGAUGUUUGAUAUGGCGUAUCGGGGUUGUAAACCGGGGAUUGUAAAUUAUGGUGUUCUGAUAAGUGAUCUGGGAAGGAGAGAGAAGCUUGAGGAGGCAAAGUCUUUACUGCAGGAAAUGAAGAAAAGGCGGUUUAAGCCAGAUGUUGUGAUUUAUAACAUAUUGAUUAAUUUUCUGUGUAAGCAAGGUAGGGCUGCAGAGGCUUAUAAAGUCUUGAUUGAAAUGCAGGUUGGAGGUUUUGAGCCUAAUGCAGCUACAUAUAGGAUGAUGGUUGAUGGGUUUUGUCAGAUUGAAGAAUUUGAGGGAGGGCUGAAGGUUUUGAUUGCAAUGUUGAAAAGUAAACACUGUCCUCGGUUGACAACAUUUGAGUGCUUGUUUGAGGGACUUUUGAAGUGCGGGAAGGUAGAUGGUGCUUCUUUUGUCUUGGAGGAGAUGGAAAACAGAAAUAUGCAAUUAUGUUGCGAAGCUUGGGAAGCACCAGUUUUGGAUGCUUGUGGUAAAGACAUUAUUGCCGGUGAGAUUAUGACUGAGGUCAUAUCUUCCUACUCAGGGGUGUCAAGGAAGACAUAAUCACAGCCAUUUUGUUAUCACUUUUGUUUUUCUUUCAGGGAUGACAGUGAAAUGUGCAGUUUAAAAAUUUACUGGGCUUGUCAACAAUAAAAUAAAAUUCAUCCACCAGAGAAACAUGUUGCUGCUUGGCCAUUAGCAUGGAGUGAAAAAAUGCCAUUGAUGUCAUGGAAUUUAAUUAUGAUUUCCGUGUCAUGGUCUCAAGAAGUUCUUCCCCAGAUAGUUGUGGUUCUUCAAGAGAUUAAGUGAGCAUUCAAACCAAGCUACUCUACGCUCAACUGGAAGGCUUCUGGGAACAGAGGGGAGAUUUUGUGGAAGAAUAACAUUGUUGAUGUGAAGUUUAGUGCUUGAUUGGCUCUGGUGAGUAAAACUUGUGGUGUGAAUAGAAUUUGAUAGGCAUGCAAAAAUGAGGUCAUUUGUAUCUAGUAUCUACUGGUGGACUGAGUUAUGACAGGAAAGCUUUGUCACAAUUUGUCGCCAUGGAACAUGAAUAUCUUACCCUUGCCUCUGUUUCAAACUUUGUUCUUCAAUAAAAAGUACCUUACAUUGACACGCAACAAAAUGCAAAUCCUGAAAUAUUAGACUCGUAGCUAUUUCAUGUUCUGAGAAAAGGACCUAGUAGCAAAAUAAACUAGUCUUUUCUAUCAGCAUACAUGCAUCUCUUAAUCAGUUCGGAAUAUGUGAACCACGAGUGUAAGUGUAGGGCUCUUCGUUAUCAAUUCUAACAGACAAGCAUCCCCUACCUGCAGCUUAUUUUCAUUUGCAAACGUUCUCCAACCGCCACAGAGUCUUGCAAAUUCUCUGUUCCCGCAGAACCAGGUUCCGCACUUAACAAGCCAGGCUUUCCCAUCUGAAUUCUGAAAGAUUAUUUCGCGAGAGGUACGCAUUGCACAGAUAUUUUCUUUCACAAAGGCUGAAUUCAAUAGCUGCACACAGCAGUGAAAAAUGUAAAUAAAGGAAGCCAUAUAUGCAUCUCUCCCACUUUUAGGAACUGGGGUUGUGAACGAAGAGCUUACCAAACCCCCGUUCGUGUUCAAGUAGGACGGCCGCAUUCUGACAGCACAACACGGAUUGCUACAUUCGAACCUCUUGGCUCUCUUAAAGGCGCCAUUACCACCUGUCCUAUAUUCAAGAUUCAUAGCCCCUGAU